AUGAGCAAGUUUGGAGUCAUGGUCAUGGGGCCGGCCGGCGCUGGCAAGUCCACGUUUUGCGGAAACCUCAUCACACAUCUUCACCUCAACCGCCGCUCAACAUUCUACAUCAACCUCGACCCCGCGGCCGAGAGCUUCGAGCACCAGCCCGACCUCGACAUCAAGGAGCUCAUCACGCUCGAGGACGCCAUGGAGAUUGGAUACGGCCCCAACGGCGGCCUCGUCUACUGCUUCGAGUUCCUCCUCGAGAACCUCGACUUCAUCUCCGAGGCCCUCGACUCGCUCACCGAAGAGUACCUCAUCAUCAUCGACAUGCCCGGCCAGAUCGAGCUCUACACGCACAUCCCCAUCAUCCCCACCCUCGUGCGCUUCCUCACGCGGCCGGGCGCCCUCGACGUCCGCCUCUGCGCCGCCUACCUCAUCGAGUCCACCUUCGUCCUCGACAGGGCCAAGUUCUUCGCCGGCACCCUGAGCGCCAUGAGCGCCAUGCUCAUGCUCGAGGUGCCCCACCUCAACGUCCUGUCCAAGAUGGACCUCGUCAAGGGCCAGAUCAAGAAGCGCGACCUCGACGAGUUUCUCACGCCCAACGCCGACCUCAUCAACUCCGACCCCAUCGAGCACGCGAGGAUACUCCAGGCCGGUCCUCAGGCCGAGGAGGAGGAGCUCGAUCUCGAGUCGCGGCCCCAGGAGAAGCAGGCCGUGAUGAGGGGCGCGAGUUUUAGGAGGCUGAACAAGGCGGUCGCGGGGCUCAUUGAAGGGUUUAGCAUGGUCAACUUCUUGACCCUCGACCUCACCGAUGAAGACAGCGUGAGCGGGAUUCUCAGCCACAUCGACGACGUUAUCCAGUACCACGAAGCUCAAGAGCCCAGGGAGCCAAACGAUGAGAUUGAAGUUGAUGAGGAAUAG